AUGGUGCCCAUGUUGGCCGCGGUAGGGGCUGUCGUUGCGGCCAUCUGUCCAAGGCCCGUCAGGUUGGUUGUGAAACUCGGGAGGGAUUGGAAUUGUACCCAUGGUACUGUGAACCACGUGGGCUGCAUGAUGGAAGGGAAGGGCUCCGCCCUUGGUGACGACGAGGCUGUUCAGGAGAAUCACACGGCAAAUGCCUGCCGUGCAGCUGCUGCUGCUGCUGCUCAGGGGGCAGCAGCGAUAACAAUGGGAACAGCAGGAGCACCAGCGGGGAAAGAUCCCAGGGAGGUGUCAGGAGCAGCAAAUCUACCGAGGGAGGACGAGGAGAAGAAGCAGCAGCAGCAGAAGGCGCUGAAGAGACCACUGCGAGGAGGCAACCCUUCGAUCAAGACAACCACGGCGGCGGCGGCGGCGAAGGAGGGGGAGAGAGGAGGAGGAGGUAGGGGGGGAGAUACAGAAGGGGGAGGGGCAGCAGCAGCAGCUUCAACAGCAGCAGCAAUAGCGGCGCCGGCACCGUUCCGCGCCGACCCCCUCUCCCUCUCCCUCCCGAUCCCUCCACUCCCUCGCCCCCUCUCCCCUCAGCACGUGGCACGCACCUCCCCUCGUCCUACUCACUACCCGUCCCCUCUCACGCACACUAGCACCAAAACAUUCGCCCACAGCACCAUUCAAAAAUACCCUCCAUUUCAAUCCGUGUCGUGCCAGUGCCCUCGCACAUUCAGUCAUGGGUGGAGAAGGCCAAAAGGAAACAGCGACCCCAUACAGAAAUGGGCAAAGCUGAAGAAGGAGGAGGAGGAGGAGGAGGUGGAGGCGGAGGAGGAGGUGGAGGUGGAGGUGGAGGCGGAGGCGGAGGCGGAGACGGAGGCGGAGGAGGAGGAGGAGGAGGAAGAGACGAAGAAAUCAAAUAAAACCGCUACACCUCAAUUCAGGAGACGUCAGCAGGAAUUAAAGUUCAUGGUGAUAUAA